AUGGAGCCGACACUGAUGAAUCACAGUGGCCAGCCCCAGAUGACGUACGCGAACGCCUUCCGGACGAACAGCCGGAAGAUCCGGUUGAGACGUAUCCGGAACGUUAAGGAAAACGGCAAGGAUAUCUACCAGUCCCUGGUCCGAGACUUGUCUAAUAACAACCAAGCCGGAGGCGAAACCGGAACAUGGUUGACGCAUCAACUUAUGAUGCAGAUCGUCGCCUGUACUUUGGAUUUAGGAUUAGCGGUAGCCGUCCACCGACAAUGGGGACGGAUGGCCGAACUGCUCCCACCGGAUCUCAUCAAGUCACUUAAAAGUGCAGCAGCGAGGAAUGCGGACAACACACUGACUAGAAUUGCACGGUGUAUUGGAUAUAUUCGGAAUCCCCGCGGAUCGACUCUGGUCCAAAUUGCCCGUGUAUAUAACGUUAUGUACAUGGACAAGAAGGGCAAUAUUGACGAAAUUAUCGACCACAUAGAGGGUCGAAUCGAAGGUUUGGUCGCCGCACAUACUCUUCAGAGGACUAAUGCGGAACGCGACGUGCCUGUACGCACGGUUCGAGUUCGAAUGGAAGCGGCGGAACCGCAGCUAGUCGACCCCAAAUAUAAGGCCAAACCAGAUCCGACCGCCGGACGAAAGAAAUAUUCCCUGGAGGACGACUUGGAAUUCGUCCUAUCGAAGGCGCUUUACCAACAGCGGUUCGCCACGAACACCGACCAGGUCCAGGGCGGCCAACGAUUCCCCAACACGGAAGUCGGACUCAACCGGCGGCUCAACAACAGCAGCGCCGACCCAGCAAAAACCUCGCGGGACAUGAUCUUCAACAUAGGAUCGGCCCAGUUGAUCUUCGAGACUGAAUCGAAGCGCAACGAGCCGUUAUCCGCGAAGUCGGAAAGGAACCGACAAGACAUCCACCCGGAAAACCAGCCGGAAGCCCAUCAGGCGGAACUAGCGGCUGAAGUCCAAGCUGAGCCGGCAGCUCAACAGGAGCAAAUGGACGUCGAUGUGGCCGACCAGAUGGCACAACUACCACAAGUGGAAGUGCCGGCUCGAGAGGAUCCAACAAGGAAUCGACAACAAGGAAUCGAGGUUCUCUUUGUUGGCAACAUUUGUAUUUACGGCGCACAAGUUGGACAUGGCGUCGGGCUCGGUUGGUGCCUUGGUGGGGAUGCAGCGUCGGUCUUCUAUCUUCUAAAAUCAUCCGGGAAAGUUUUUUCGGUGAAGCGUGGAAAUACUACGGGUUUCCUGACUUCUGCGAUCCAGAUCAAGUGCUUGGCAUUUGGUGGACAGGCACCCGAAGUACUGUAUGGAAUUGGAGCUGAUCUGAAGGCUUAUGUAUGGGUUAGCGAACCAUUAGUGCCAAUCUGUCGCACGGUGGAAAUCUACCAGAAUGAACGGUGGACCCCAGCGAGAGGCUAUUCAAAUGCACUGCUGCCUACAGACAGGUAUCAGUGGUCGGAUGAGAGCGGAAGAACUGAGCGUGGAAAGGACGAUACACAGUUACCGACAUCAGAUUGGACUUGGGAGACAGCGCGCUGGCAGAUAGACGAGAAUUUCCACGGUGUUCUGCUCGGUCCUGAAGGUUGGACAUACGCCAUUGACUUUCCCUCGACGUACUAUCCUGAAAAGCGAUGGAAUCACUAUGUGCGCCGUCGCCGUUGGACACGGACAUGCCGUUACCGUGCCACCAACCGCUGGAUUCCUUUAACAUGGACCGAUCUCGCGGAUGUCAGCCUGGCCUUGAUGGACAUUUCCGCUGGAGGAUGCGACACGUCUGCCCACAGCACGCGAAGUAUCUUCCUAUGGGCUGUCACUAUCAACGGCCAGGUGAUCGCGUUGAUGCGCAGCGGCAUCAAUCGGGAUCGGCCUCACGGAGCGUCGUGGGUGUUGGUGGAAGCGCCUUCGACGACCUCAUUAUUAACGCAGAUUGCCGUGGGAACGGAGAGUGUCUGGGCGGUGGCGAAAGACGGCUCGGUGUGGUUUCGGCAAGGCAUGCGGACGAGUCAACCCCAUGGAACAACGUGGGUGCACAUUGCUAGUAUGUCGGCGGUUUGUGUGACCAUAACGCGCAAUGGGGAGGUUUUCGCCAUCAGCAACGAUAAUCAGAUUUAUUGGCGACACGGAAUCGGAUUAGGAGAUCCGCAUGGAAAAGGUUGGAAGAAAAUAUCUUUGAAAAUAAAAGAAGAAUCGCAGAAUCAGGAAACUGAAAACCAGGACCCAUGGACAUGGAUUAGCGGGACUGCCGGAUUUGUUGAUGCGCGUACUACGUCGUUUGACGAUGAGAAUGCUUGGCGGAAAAAUAUUCUGGGUUUGUUGUCACUACGGUUUCAGAAUGAGAUGCAAAAUUACGAAAAAAUGGAGCCGGCUAUUGACCGCGUUGAUAACGAUGAAGCGAGUGAUGCAGGAUUUUUGAAAGUGUGGUCUAACAAAAUGUCUACCUGGGAGCAGUGCUUUUUCCAAGUUCGGUAUUCCCAGGAAGCCGAUCCAGCCGAUUGCUCCAUUACUGUGGAUGGUGGCACCACCAAGCUGCUGAUUCCAUUUUUCGAUAUCACGGGAAUAUGCCUUCAUCUUGAUACAAAAGGAGACCAUCAGCUACAAAUAUCGACAGCGUUUCUCACUCGCGCGCAGACACCGUUACGGUUGUCCGGAUUAAAAUCAGAAUUAAUGCUUUGGAAUACUUAUUUAGCAGAAUCGUAUCUGAGCUUCUUGGAUGUACGAGAAAUUCAGAAAAGGGACCGCUUAUGGAUUCUGGCUGCGGGUGUCAGCUGCCCGUUGGUGAGUUUUAACACUUCCGAAGCGCUGCCAUCGGUGAAAUGGCUAACGUUAGGAGGCCACUUCCGGUCGGUUGAAUCAGCAUCGGGGAUUACGUGGGCGCUGGGGAUGGAUGGGCGAACCGGGUUUGGACGGGCAGCUAUGAAGGCAAAACGGGAAUGGAGAAGAAAGUUCAGGUGGACACAUCGUGUGGAGCUGUACGAAAAUCAGCGAUGGAAUAUACUAAUGGGGUUUUGCGACAAGUUGUUGCCUACAGAUAGAUAUACUUGGUCAGAUGAGACCGGAAGGAUGCAGUUGUCGAUGGAUGCAUUUCAGUUGCCCUCUAAUUUAUGGAAAUGGGAUUCCGAAUGGCAGAUUGACUAUCGAAACGGUGAGGAGAAUGGCUGGGAAUAUGCAUUCGAUUUCCCAUCUUCCUUUCACUCCUCAAAAGGAUCCAACGACUACGUGCGUCGACGGCGUUGGUUUCGUCUGAUGAAAGUUGAUUGUACCGGGCCGUGGUUUCCAGGUCCAAAUACUCCAUUGCGUUCCGUCUCUAUCUGUCCGGGAGUCGCUUCUGGGAAUUAUGUUUCUUUAUGGGCGGUGACGGUCGACGGUAGCGUUUUAGUGCGAGAUCAUGUGUCCACGAAAAAUCCUUUGGGUGAUACAUGGAUUCCCGUGCGCUCUCCCGUGGCUUUUGUAAAUAUUUCCGUUGGUCCGUUUUGUGUGUGGGGCGUCGGGGCGGAUGGAACGGCAUACGUGAGAAACGGGACUAAGGACAAGCUCGAUGGACUGUACUGGUUUCAGGUGGAGAAACCGGAAAGCGUGGUGAAUAUUCGACAAGUGGCUGUUGGAGGCGAUUCGGUAUGGGCUGUGUGUACGGAUGAUCAGGCGUACUUUCGCAAAGAAUACAGUGCGGCCUUUCCGGAAGGCACAGAAUGGGAACUGGUUGCUGAUGGUGUGCGGAAGAUCUCCGUUAGUAUGGAAGAUGACGUGUAUGCCAUUCUGUACAGCACUAGCCAGAAAUUACCUAUUCUAGCCAAAAGAACCGGGAUUACCCAUGGAAAUAAAAUGGGCGUUGGAUGGGAAUAUGGACUUCAUGCCAAAGAUAUUUCUUGUCGUAAUUUGGAGAGGAGAUAGCUGAUUUUUAUUGUUUGCACAAUGUGUUUUGUAUUGAUUUGUUCUGAUUUUUAUUUCUUGUUCUUUAGAUUGUGAUAAGUUAUUCGUUCUUUCUGUAACGAUGUUUUCCGUUUUUUUAACCUGAUGCGAGAAAUAUCCUAUAUAUAAUUGUAGUUCAGAUGCAUCAAACUUUACAAAGGCAAUAUAAAUUGUAAGCGGUCA